AUGCCUAGAUUCGAUACCCUUCCUUCAGAGAUUAUUCUCCACGUUGCUAGAUUCCUUGAUGCUCUAGACAUCGUUACAUUGCAGCAUGUCAACCAAAGAUUCCUAAGCCUCGGCAGAGAUGAUGCUCUAUGGCGAGAACAAUGCUUCAACAGGUCAUAUUUCCUUACCAGUCUGCGCCGCCGCCGCGAGCUUUUGACUUCCUAUGAGCCGCAAGAGCUCCAAUUUCGUGAUCUAGCGCUCGCUCUGGCAAGUGGAAAUGGACUCGGCGACUCCCGACUCGUGGAACCCCAAGGGGAAGCCCGCGAUCUCAAGGCUCGAUCAAAUGAACGGAUACGAAUACUAGCCAACUGGGAUCCCAGCUACCCCAAUGAGAAGAUCGACUGGUAUUCCGAGUAUAUUGCGCGGAAUGCCCCUAUCUCUACGAGCUGGAUGGAGCAGCCGCACAAUAGGGACAAUAACGACCGCGAAUACUUAGAAGUCCGUGGUAUGGCUCUUUAUACACCGGCUGGGGAGGACGAUGCUACCUUGGCUGUCGGUCCCCUCGAUGAUGGAAGUGUCUGUCUUUGGGAUUUGAAGGGUACCCAGGGUCGACAAGGCAGCAUCGUGGCCAGAAGCAAGUCUGGACUCAUAACUACGGACCCCGCAAAUCCGGAAAGGGAUGCCAAGCGCUCAAAGGUGUUUAAAGAUGGCGUGGUAGAAUGUGUCAGCGUGGACCAUUCGUCGAAACGGGCCUACUUUGCAUUACAGAGCGGGCUUGUUGAAGUCGACCUGGAGACACUUUCUGUCAUCAGCCACGAGAAGUUCCCUUGCUUGAUCACAGCUAUUUCCGAAGCCAAGAAUCCUGUUCCCAUUACCGUAGGCACUGACCGUUUCCUCUAUCUCCACGAUUCUCGAGCUCGCAGAGCCUCAGGGCCAGCAGACAGUGACUCCGAUCAUCUCGACUCCUACGAUACAAUGUUCGGCUAUGUAGAAAGAUCCAACAGCCUGGACUUCCGUGCCCUUCUCAAUCCAGAAGCCAGCCCCAUCUAUACCCACCUCAGCCAUUCGAAGCCACUCAGCAUCCUACACCUCCCAAGCUCUGGAAGCGAAUGUGAUGGCAAUGGCGAGAUUUACGUUGCUGGUAGGUUCCCGAGUAUCUUGAAUUAUGACCGGAGGUAUUUCCCUAAGCUGAGGGGAUCAAUGCAUUCUGGUGCGAGGUUGGCUAGUAUGGCGUCUUUACCGUUUCCAUUCGCAUCAAUGGAGAAGGAUCUGGCUAGACGGGGUGAGCUUUCAACGGAGCAAGUUUGGGAGUUCAAAAACCGCCCCGGGAAGACACUCAUCGCUUGUGGGGAGUACAACAGCAAAGGCUCUCUGGAGAUGUAUGGAUUGUCGUCAACACCGUACCCUACCAUCUCCUCAAAUUCCGCUGCUGGCAAGAUUCACGAUUCUGUGAUGAAGAACCGGCAGACCUCGUCCGGUUCCAAAUUGUUGUCCGUGUCGAAUCACGGAACCCGGAUUGUUGUUUCUGACGGAGGCGGUAAUUUGAAAUGGCUUGAGCGAGACGGAUUUACUGAGGCGAGGAGAUGGAAUAUUGCUCAUGGUUCUGAAGAGGCUCCACGAGGAAUUUUCGGGACUCUAGGCGACAACUACAUGCAUCCUGGAUCAGGGGACAUUGUUAUCAAACUUGCAAACACCAAUAACGGGCGAGAGGACAAAAGAGUCAACGAAGAUGAUCUGGUUCUAUGGACCGGUGACAAGAUCGGGCUGCUAAGCUUUACCACCAAGCCUGGUUUUACGGCAGACAGCUUCGAAGAGACUGGAAACAAGACGCCUGAAGAGGCACGCAUAGAAAUAGCGGAGAGAACUUAUGCGGAAACCAUGGGGCGCGCUCUGGAAGCCAACGCUAACGAGGUUAGGUGGAUGCGUGGGUUAGGACUCGCUGCAACUUGA